GUCUUAAUGCACAUACUGUUUGACAGUGGGUUUUGGUUGCUCACUCCUCUCCAAUAAAGACAUCCUACCGCUUCGAUAUAUUUCCGCUACCUAGUGCAAACACAGACUGACGCCAACCAAGGAGAACUGUCUUUGAUUUAUUAUACUAAGCAAUACUGCUUUACUCUAAAUUUUCAGGGUACUAACCCUACGAAAGUUUAUCCUGGUGUGGCGCGAUUUGUUGGGAAACGCCGAUAGAUACUAAUAAAGGUUACCAUCCGCCGUGCUCCUGCGAGGUGCAGAUAGGUUGGGACAUUGAACCUAUACUGCCUGAAGGUUGGCCUCGAGCCAACUUUCCCCGCUCAUGGCCAAACUGUUGAGAACUGUGUGGAACAUUCCCCGACGCCAAUAGGUGCGGAAGUGAUGCCGAUACACCAAUAGCACGUCCAAACCCUAUAUAUGCUCCUCGCAACGUCAUGUCUACUCAACCAUGAAGUACUUUCGAGAUGCUUCCGACCUCGUCCGCGAUGACCUGCAUAGCCCUGGCCAGAUUGCCCUAUAGAACCACUGUUCAUCCAUAGUUCCAGACGAAGACCCCGCCUGCGUCUACAUGACAUACGCACACAGAAGCCAGAAACAUCUCCUCCCACCUACACCAUCGCCGGUCAUGUCAGAAUCCUGAACUGCCCUCUGACCGUCUCACGCGCCUACCCCAGUCCGACCACCAUGAAGCUCAGCAUGAAGCUCAGCUUCCUCACCAUAGUCGCGAUAGUAGCACCUGUCAUGGCCCUACCCGGCGACAUCCAUCAUAGGUAUCGCUUUUUCGAAAUGCCCCCGUCGAUCGCCCUCCCGCCGUCCCUGUCUCCAAUCUCCACCGGGACGGGCCCCGUUCGACACGCAGACCAAAUCAACUAUUACCACCGGGUGCCGUUAAACGCAAGUGUCCCUCAACCGCCACUCAUGGGAACUGCCAUCGGAACAGCAGUUCCUUCUCCGAGUAGGCCUCCCACCACCGCUUCCCGAACAUCAAGCUCGACGGGGCCCUCUUCCUCGACCGCUUGCCCUUCCAGGGUGACCGAUUUGACGCCGAUCGUGACUGGGGACAUGGCGGCCGCUCGAAAGCGCUGGGCGCUCCGAAGAGGGCACCCUGAAGGCGCAUGCCCUGGAACGACCCCCGACGAUGGUCCGGUCAACCUGCCGUUUGGUCCUGGUGAACCUGCGGGUGGCUUUUCCAUAAGUGUCGGCGCACGUGCUGUCUAAUAGGGCACGUGCUAUCUAAUAGGUGACAGGAUGUGGUGCGCAUCCAUUUCUGGUCCGUUGGCUUGUAUACAGGUGGUUAAUUUGGUGAAAGGUGUUGAGAGGACGCAGUCGAUGGGCCAGCAUGGUAGCGAUUGGGACUUUCCCAGUGUCGACUGGAUCUUCUCCCGCGUGUCAUUUUUUGUACUGUGAUAAUCUGGAGGCAAACUUUGAAUCUGACGAUGUUACUUCACCGAAACAAAAA